AUGCCUGAACUUCUUUGUCGUACCGAGAGGGUCGAACAUGCUCGGAACUUCAAAACUGAAGUCCGUGGGUUGAUGGACGUUGACCAUCUAAUUGAGAGAGCAUGUAUCCAUAGAAAUAUGGCACAUUCUCAUAUCCAUACAAUUCUAUUGACCGCACAACUCGAUGGGUUGAAGCAAAGUCAUAUGGCUUUGGCAACCCUUGAAGAUGCAACCAAUCUCGGAUUGGAAAUGGAGGAGGCCAGAAUUGUUGUUCUUAUUCUUUCGCCCAGCUAUGAGAAGCACACCAAGUCGGCUGCGGAAAUUGCAAGAACCUUUGGCACCCUUUUGAUGAAUGACUCUCUUCGGCAGUCAGUGAAUGAUGCCGCAGAUGAUGACCAGAUUCGUGACCUGCUGACGGAUAGUGCUAAAAGUCUUUCUCAACAGAUGACAAUUCAAAUCAAUGGUGUUCCCAUAACGGACGACGAUGAUGACAAGAACUACAAAACUUCUUCGGGAUUCUGUCCCUACUACCCAUUUCGUGGUCUAAUCAAAGAUUUCCAACGUCGCAUGGCAAAUUAUAAAUCGGAUUAUUUGGACGAUGUGCAAAAGGUUAUUCUUGGGCAAUGGAUAGGAAGCUUAUUCUUUGGAUUUUUUGGAGGACAACAACUUCUUAUACUUUCUACAACUGCUCCUCUAAGUAUCUAUAUUGCUGUCAUAUAUCAAGUUGCUCAAACUAAUGGGUGGGAUUUCUUCCAAAUGUAUGCAUCUGUCGGAAUCUAUGCAAUGGGAAUUCUGAUUUUGUCUUCGGUUUUGCAACUGGCAUCUCUGAUGAAAUUCACCACUCGAUCCACCGAAGAAAUAUUCUCGGUUUUCAUUGCUUUGGCUCUGGUUAUUAAAGUAAUCAUGGCGAUUGUUCAUGUUUACACUCAUGGUUACCUUGGUUGUAUCAACAAUGUGGCUGGAGAUGUAUGUGACCCAGCAGAACCUCUCCUGUUCAUUUUCUUACUCUUUGGAACCACUUGGCUAAGUAUGACGAUCAUCUCGUUUAGAAGCUCUCCAUAUCUUUCAAGAUGGAAGCGUGAUUUGGUAUCCGACUAUGCUCUCCCAAUUGCAGUUCUUGUGUUCGCAUUCAUUUCGUUUUUUGGAUUCAGUGAUGUCAGAAAAGAACAAUUCCAAAUAUUCCCCCGUGAAACCGACGCAUUCUUUGUUCCCUUCUUCUAUCUUCCCGCAGAAGCUCAACUACCCGCCAUUGGUCUUGCGAUUCCUCUGGCCAUUCUCUUUUUUAUGGAUCAACUUCUUGUUACCAACACUGUUGACAACAAAGAAAAUAAAUUGAAAAAAGGAUCUGCCCAUCAUUGGGAUAUUUUUGUGGUCGCCAUUCUCAACAUUGGUCUGUCAAUCUUUGGAUUACCAUGGAUGCAUGGAGCUCUGCCAUCAGCAUUCUUGCACUUGAAGGCAUUAUCGGAUGUAGAAGACCGUCUUCAUAACGGUUACAUUCAAACAGUAAUUGUGCACGUCCGUGAAACUCGUUUGGCAACAUUGAUCGCUCACACCAUCAUGAUCCCAAUCUACUUUUUCUUGGUUCCAUAUAUCACUGUGUUCAUUCCAACUUCUAUUUUCAAUGGAGUUUUCCUCUUCAUGGCAUUCAGCAGCUUAACCGGAAAUGAAUUUUGGGAGCGUAUCCUAUUGAUUUUCACUGAACAACGCGCCUACCCUCCAACCCAUUAUAUUCGUCGUGUCCCGCAAAGAAUUGUCCAUCAAUUUACUGUUAUCGAAUUUAUCCAACUUGCUAUUCUCGUCGCUAUUGGUUUCGCUCAGUACCAUUAUGUCGAAAUGGUUUUCCCUAUUGUCAUUGCAGCUUUCAUCCCAUUCAGACACUUCAUCUUGCCCUUAUUCAUCCGAAAACAAUAUUUGGAAGCUAUUGAUGGAAUGCACUGA